CUCGCCUUGGCGCAGCGAUGGUGCAGCUAAAAUACAGUACGUGGGAGCGUAUACCUGCCCCACCCUCCUGUUGGAACCCCUCGUCACGUGGUCUUCGGGCCAGGGUACCUUCUCGCUGAUAGUGGAGGCUUAUCACGACGCAAACACCACACAAUCGACCGAGAAAGUGCUGAUCAGCAGGCUGACCACCCAGAAAUGGCUGGACGUCGGGCAGGAUUGGACCGUGGACGAAUACAGGAGUGCCCACGCGCGGAUGGAGUACGAGUACCGGGUGAGGUGCGUGGCGCACUACUACGGCAAGGGCUGCGAGAACUUGUGCCGGCCGCGGGACGACAGCUUCGGCCACUACAGCUGCAGCCCGAUCGGCGAGCGCGUCUGUCUCACCGGCUGGAAGGGCGACUACUGCAACACCCCCCGCUGCCUGCCCGGAUGCGACGAACAGCACGGACACUGCCAGCAACCCAACGAAUGCCUAUGUCACAACGGCUGGAAGGGUCCAUUGUGCAAUCAGUGCGUGAGAUACCCGGGCUGCCUUCACGGUAGCUGCCAAAAGCCCUGGGAGUGCGAGUGCGACGAGGGCUGGGGCGGACUGUUCUGCAACCAGGACCUCAACUAUUGCACCAAUCACAAGCCCUGCAUGAACGGCGGCACCUGCUUCAACACCGGCCAGGGCUCGUACACCUGCUCGUGUCCGUCAGGUUUUACCGGCGCCGAUUGCCAGACGCCGCUCUUCGACUGUCACUCGAAGCCGUGCAUGAACGGCGGUACCUGCACGAUGGAAUCAUCCGGGAGCUACGCCAACGGAAGUGUCUCGUCAACGUCGUUGUUGUCGUCAACGUCAUCAUCGUCGUCGUCACCGUCGUCGUCGUCGUCGUCGUCGUCGUUGUCGUCGUCAUCGUCGUCGUCGUUGUCGUCGUCGUCGUCGUCGUCGUCGUCGUCAUCAUCGUCAUCAUCGUCGUCGUCGUCGUCGGCUGCCGGAAGCAACGUUGGCAAUAGUGCUCUGGAAUCAUCCUCCUCCUCCUCCUCCUCCUCCUCGAGGCAGCAUCAUCACAUCACCGGCUACCGUUGCACCUGUCCGCCCGGUUGGCGAGGUAGACACUGCGAGAUCACGACGAAAUCUUGCCGGGAUUCACCCUGCCAUCACGGCGCCACCUGCGAGGACGACUCUGUGCACGGCUACGUGUGUCGGUGCGCGGCCGGCUACACCGGCAACGACUGCGAGUCGCAGCUCGACGAGUGCGCGCCGAACCCGUGCACCAACGGCGGCACCUGCACAGACUACGUGAACGGCUUUCGGUGUACCUGCCCGGCUGGUUUUACCGGCGAGCGCUGCGAGAUCAACGUGGACGACUGCCAAGGCGACCCGUGCCUCAACGGCGGCACCUGCGUGGACCUGGUGAACAGCUUCCGCUGUCAGUGCGUGCCGGGCUACGUCGGGCGGCUCUGCCAGGACAAGGUGGACUAUUGCCUGGCGAAGCCGUGCGCGAACGGCGGCAGGUGCAUCUCGGGGACCAACGAUUACCGUUGCGUAUGCAAGCCCGGCUUCACCAGCAAGGACUGCAGCGUGGACGUGGACGAGUGCCGGAGCGCGCCUUGUCAGAACGGCGGCACGUGUCGGAACCGCGUCAAUGGUUUCCUCUGCGACUGCCCGGACGGCUGGUACGGCGACACGUGCAACGAGGAGGCCGGUGUCGCGUCUGCGGCAGCAGCCGCUGCCGCCGCCGCUGCCGCCGCCGCAUCCGCUGCCGCCGCCGCCGCCUCCGGCGGGUCGGCAGUUUUGCCGUCCGCAGCAGCGGCGUCUUUCAACACCGCCGGCGGCUCGGUCGUGUCGCCGGCGGUGCCGCCAUCGGGCGCCAGCUACUGGUCCGGCAAUCUGUCGAAGCACGUCGCUACAGCGGAGGCCAGGAACGCCGGUCUCACGACGGAGCACAUAGUCAUGAUCGCGACCAUCUCCACCGCGGUGCCGGUCUUCGUGCUGGUCGCCAUCGUCGCGGUCAUGUGCAUGAAGAGACGGCGGAAACGCGAGCAGGCCAAGGCCGACGAGGAGGCCCGGCUGCAGAACGAGAGGAACGCGGUGCACAGCAGCAUGAGCAAGCGCAGCGCCAGUACGAUCGGCAUCGGCGGCGUAGUCGGCGGCGCCGGCGGCGGCCUCCUCAGCAGCGCUGCCAGCAGCGGCCUCAUCGGCGCCGGCAGCGGCAGCGUCUGCGCCUUGGGCGCCGGUGACGCGCACAUGAUCAAGAACACCUGGACGGCGAACAAGAGCGUGAACAACGUGGCGUCGGUGACGCGGCAAGACGACCUCGACUCAUCGUUCCAGACCGACGUGACGCUCGACAGCGCGUGCUCGGGUUACAAGCCGGAACCGGUGCUGCAGGACGGCAGGACCACGAGGACGACGAAGCAGCUGAACACGGAGGCGGCCGCGCACAGAGCGUCGGCUCAUCUCUUCCAAAAGGAAAAGGACUGUCUCGGCCUGGGCCUCGGCAUCGGGGUCUUGGAGAGUGCCAAGAGGUCGUCCAUGUUCUCCACCGGCAACACGCCGGACGUCUGUUGCGCCGCGGAGGCCGCGUUGCUCAAAAGGCCGACGACGAUAUCGGAAGCCGUUAGCGGCGGCGGCGGUGGUGGUGGUGGUGGUGGUGGUGGUAGUGUUGCUGCUGCUGCUAAUGCUGCUGGUGGUCCACCAGGAAGCGGCGGUGUCACGGACAACAACAGUUGCGGUGUGUAUGUGAUAGACGAUCAUUACAGGCAUGACGCCGCGCUGGCGGCGACGCUCGCGACGGAAGUGUAGUAGCAGUCGGACGCCGGACUUUGUAGUAGACUCCGUUAGAAAUUAUCGAGAGAGAGUGUGCGUGUGUAUGUGAGUGAGAGAGAGAGAGAGAGAAAGUGGACGUAUACCUGUGUGCAUGUCUGUGCGAGUGUGAGAGACCCAGAGAGGAAGAUAGUUCGUGUGCUUGCGCGAUUCGUGGAUCUUUCAGUGGUCCCAGCGCGCAUUUGCGCGUGUGUGCGUGCGUGUGUAUGUAUGUGUGUAUGUGUGUGUGUGUGUGUGUGUGUGCGUGUGUGUGUGUGUGUGUGUGUGUGUACGAAUCGACGAACCCAGUUUGGUUUCCUCUUCGAUUUCUUCGGGCGACAGCCGCACUCUCGCGCCGCGGUGUCUUCGUCCUGGGAUGCCCGAGCGGUUCGUUUCCUUCUUCUCGCCCUGUGUACAUCGUUUAUUUUUUUCUCACCCCUUCCCCCCCUCCGCCUUCUCUUUUUUUAUCGGUACCACAAACCUUUCUCGCGAAAAAUACGUGUACGUGCAUCCACGAUCGAGGAGAGAGACGCGCGCCGCUGGCCAGUUUAGGUUUGCGCUGGACGACACGCGAGGACCAGCCGAAGACACUCGAUCGACCGACCGAUCGAAAGGGUCUGAUCGAGAGAGGCGACACGAGAGAAGAAGAAACAACGCGAUGCUGUGGGGGUCGGCCGGCUCACCCGAACGCCGCCGACCCGUCCUUAGAUAUUAAUAUUGUAUCGUGCUCGAUAUUUGCGAAAACUCUGUACAGAACUAAUUUAUUAUUAUUGUUAUUUACUUAUUCUAUUAGGAUUGCGCUAUUAAUUAAUAUUAUUAUUAAUAUUAUUACAACGCAUAGCAUUAUCAUUGUUCCCGGUAUUAGUUCUUUUUCGAAUUUGCGUGACCCGGGCUCGGUCGCGAACGAAACGCGCGACCGCGAGAGCUCUUGCGUGCAUGUGUGCGUGUGAGAGUGUGAGUGCGCGAGUUGGAGAGAGAAAGAGGAAGAGAGAGCCUGCGGCGUGCAUGUGGGUAUAUGAGUAUGUGUAUGUAUGUACGCGCGUGUAUAGUUGCGAGCGAGAAAGUUCAACGACGGAUCAACAUCCUCGAACGACGUCGCCUCUUCGUGGGAUGAAAUGUUUUCGCCUUCUCAUUUGUCUUCUUUUUUUUUAUACGUUAUCUUUUCUCUUAUUUUUUUUUUUUUUUUUUCUUUUGGUUUACGAACGAUGAGAGAUGCAUUCCCUUUCUCGGACAAGGUAACAUCGCGCGGCGUGAGAAAACUUUCUUUCUGGUAAGUAGCGGAUAUUUGGCGGUGAUCCUGGACUCGCGAUGGAAAGAGAAGGACGAGAAAAGUGUUCGCUCGACCCUCCGGGAUUUUUUCCUCCGCUUCGGCGACUGUCCCGAGGAGUCGGGUGAUUGUCGCGUCGUCGUUGGCGCGACGUUCCUCGCGCUCUUCUCGCCGGUGAGACACCGGCCGAUUGAAAGGGUGAAACGUGGCCUUUACGUGCGAAGCUUCGUCCUUUUAAUCCGAAGACGCGCGUCGGACGGCUCGGCCGAUGGCGCGACGCAGACGAUUCCGUAAGUUUCAGCAAGGGUGAACGCGGGGUGAAAUUGACGCGUGAAGCGUAGACUGGACGACGCGCGAUAGAUAAGUAAGCUUUGGUAGGAAGAAAAAAAUACAAAACGCAAAAAAAAUCAAAAACACGAGAGGAAAGGUCCUCCGCCCGUGCGGGGGGAAUCUUCCGGUCAUGCGCACAAGACGAUGCGUUUCGUUCGACGAGACAUUGCGCGCUCGCGCUAACGCACGCGGUUGAGGAGACUUCAGUAGAUGUGUGUAUAAAUUAUACAGAUAAUAAAGAAAUAUACGUAUGUAUAUAUAUAUAUAUAAUAUGUAUAUAUAUAUAUAUGUGUGUGUGUAUAUAUAUGUGUGUGUGUGUGUGUAUGAGUGUGUGUGUGUAUGUGUAUGUAAGAAUACAAACACAGUGAGAGACAGACCCAGCGUCGUCAUCGGUGGCGGCGUCUCGAGACGACGAGGCGGAUUGUUCCGAAGUGGCUUGGCGCCGAAAUUAGCGAGAGAAGACGAAUCGCGCGUCAUCUCGCACGCGAAGAAACGUCGAAUCGAAUCGGAGAGCGACCGAUUUCUCCCUUCCACGCUCGUCAACUUUGUCACGGCGACAGCUAGGAGAGAUCGAUUCUUUCCCGACGCGAGAGUCCGGAAGUCAUUCGAAGAAACAAGUACCGCGAAAGACGUGCUUCCGGAGAUGACUUCUCUCUCAGAGUAGGAGGCAGGCAUUUGGACGUCCCCUCGGGACGUUGUCCGCGUUUCCGGUCGCCAUCAUCCGGAAAGUGGGAAAGGAUCGGUCGCGCAAACUUCGCCUCAAAGUUGACUCGGUCGCGCGAGCUUUCGCGAAUUCGCCCGUCCUCCGCGCCAUUCGUUCGCAACGGACCGGCGAAUUUGCGGUUUCAAGCGAUAUCUCAUCGUCUCGACGUUCGCUCGCGCGUGAAGAAGAGUCGAGCAGAGCGCGAUUCGGCUCUCUCGCGGAUGCGAGUCAAUCCUCGCGCGGGACGCGCGACGGAUCGCUGACGGUCAUCGCGCACGGUCGCCGGUUAAUUAAUUAUUUAUUUAUGUGGCUGCUGAUUGCGGACGCGCGACGAUUUUACACGGCGCAACAAAACAAGCGGGUGGCGAGAGAAACAGAGCCGCCGAUAAUUACGACGGCUGAUGACAAUGACGAUGUGACGAUAUUUUGUGACGUCCGAAGCGCAUGUGCGUAAGUUAGAACGCGUGUGAAAGAGAGAGAGAGAGUGCGUGCGUGUGCGUGUGUGUGUGUGUGUGUGUGUGCAUGUAUGUGAAUGCGUGAAUUGUAGCGAACAAAGAUUCGAUGAUGUUCCUGUUACAAAUAAUGAUAAUUAAAUAAACGAAAUGCAAGUAUUCGACUAAGUCAGGCUUACGUUCGGGAUGUCGCUCGCUCGCGCGCUCGCACGGCCUUAGCGCCGGUAGCGGUUGUUGCAGCCGCGUAUCGAUCACAUCGCGAUGGUGAUCGCGGAUCGAUCGAGGAUCACCGAUCGAUCCCUGAUCCCCGCCGCCCCGCGCUACGCACCUUCCGAUCCUCGAUCGGACGCCGUCGCGCGCGCGCGCGCGCGCACGCGCGUAACAUUGCCCGAUUAACGAGAAGCGUAUACGCGUAUAGAUGCGAGAUACGAUUAUAUUGUAUGAAUUACGACGUGUAAUAAAGCUGUUGUCAUUUUUUGUA